AUGGAAGAUGUGAAGCCAUCAAGUCCUUCCAAUGAUUCGCAUUCCAACCAUGGUGGCACAUGCACCAUAGAAGCUCGAUUCAUUGAUUUUUGCCAGAAUGGAUUAUCAAUGGAUGAGAACACUUUGACUGAAGCCACGAAGCUGUUCAAUGAGAGCAAACAUCUUCUGUUGUCAAAUAUAUCUGCCAUUGGGAGUGGGGCACCAGAAGAAACAGAACGGUACUGGUUUGCAUUUGUCUUGUAUUCUGUGAAAAGAUUAAGAGAGAGGGAAGCAGAUAAUUUGAACCAGGGCUCCAAUGAAACUGGGUUUACUUUAUGCGGCAUCUUGAGAGUUGCAAAGCUGAACGUCGUUGAUUUUUUCAAAGAACUUCCCCAAUUUGUUGUUAAGGUUGGUCAAAUAUUGAGUAACCUAUACGGUGCAGACUGGGAGAGGAGAUUGGAGGUAAAGGAGUUGCAGGCCAAUUUUGUUCACUUGAGCCUUUUAAGCAAGUACUACAAACGUGCAUAUGGGGAAUUUUUUUUAACAAUUGAUGGAAAUUCUAAGCAGUCUGCUGUUGCCAAUAGCAUGGGAUUUGUGUCCGACUAUCAUCGUUUUGGGUGGUUGCUAUUUCUGGCACUCCGUGUCCAUGUGUUCAGCCGUUUCAAGGACCUUGUGACUUGCACAAAUGGUUUAGUCUCUAUACUGGCUAUCUUGAUUAUACAUGUUCCUGUUCGUUUCAGAAAUUUCAGAAUUGAUGACUCUCGGUUUGUUAAGAAAAGUGACAAAGGUGUGGACCUACUUGCAUCACUCUGCCAUAUUUAUGAGACCUCAGAAGAUGAUUUGAGGACAACAAUGGAAAAGGCCAAUGAUUUGAUUGCAUAUAUUUUGGAGAAGAAACCUUGCUUUGCAUCCGAAUGUAGAACUGAAAACCUAGACUAUAUCGACACAGAUGGUUUGAUUUAUUUUGAAGAUUUAAUGGAAGAAUCAUCUUUGUCUUCCAGUCUAAAUAUUCUAGAAAAGAAUUAUGAGGAUGCAAUUCAUAGUAAGGGUGAAAUGGAUGAGAGGAUGUUUGUUAAUGAGGAGGAUAGCUUACUUGGUUCUGGGAGCUUGUCUGGAGGCAUCAUGAACAUAAAUGGGACCAAGAGGAAAAGUGACUUGAUAGCAUCCCCAGCAAAGACAAUAACAAGUCCCCUCUCCCCCUACCGUUCUCCCUCUACAUCUCACUCUAAUGGCAUCAUUGGGGUUGGCAACUCAAAGAUGGCUGCUACUCCUGUAAGCACAGCAAUGACAACUGCAAAGUGGUUGCGCAACGUCAUCUCUCCACUUCCAUCUAAACCCUCAUCAGAGCUGGAACGAUUCUUGUCAUCAUGUGACCGGGAUGUAACUUCGGAUGUGGUACGCAGGGCUCAGAUAAUACUGGAGGCUAUAUUUCCAACUGGUAUUCUUGGGGAGCAUUGUGUGAGUACAAACCUGAUGGACAACAUAUGGGCAGAGCAACGUAGAAUGGAAGCACUGAAGUUGUAUUAUAGGGUUUUGCAAGCAAUGUGUACCGCAGAGGCCCAAGUUUUGCAUGCAAGCAAUUUAACUUCUUUGCUAACUAAUGAGAGGUUCCACAGAUGUAUGCUUGCCUGUUCAGCUGAACUAGUUCUUGCCACCCAUAAGACUGUGACCAUGUUGUUUCCAGCAGUCUUGGAGAGAACUGGAAUUACAGCUUUUGAUCUUAGUAAGGUGAUAGAGAGUUUUAUUAGACAUGAGGAAAGUCUUCCAAGAGAAUUGAGACGACAUCUGAAUUCCCUGGAAGAACGACUGUUGGAGAGCAUGGUAUGGGAAAAGGGAUCCUCAAUGUAUAAUUCUCUGACAAUUGCAAGGCCAAUUCUUUCUUCAGAAAUAAACCGUCUUGGGUUGUUGGCCGAACCAAUGCCAUCGUUGGAUGCAAUUGCGAUGCGUAUUAACAUGUCUUCUGUGGGCUUGCCUCCUGUAUCGUCUUCACUAAAGCGUGAAGCUUCCCCCGGUCAGAAUGUGGAUAUUCGGUCUCCAAAGAGAGUAUGCACUGAAUAUCGUAGUAUGCUGGUGGAGCGGAAUUCCUUCACAUCACCAGUGAAGGAUCGCCUUCUGGCCUUAAAUAACCUCAAGUCAAAGUUGCCACCAGCUGCUUUACAGUCUGCAUUUGCUAGUCCAACAAGGCCAAAUCCAGGUGGUGGAGGGGAAACUUGUGCAGAAACUGCAAUCAACGUAUUUUUCUGCAAGAUUGUAAAGUUGGCUGCUGUCAGAAUCAGUGGCAUGGUUGAAAGGCUACAGCUGUCUCAGCAGAUUAAAGAGAGUGUAUACUGUCUUUUUCAAAAGAUUCUUGAUCAGCGGACACCUCUAUUCUUUAACCGUCAUAUUGACCAGAUUAUCCUUUGUUGUUUUUAUGGAGUUGCAAAGAUUUCCCAAUUGAAUCUGACCUUUAAAGAAAUCAUUUACAACUAUAGAAAACAGCCUCAAUGUAAGCCUCAAGUUUUUCGUGCUGUGUUUGUUGAUCGGUCAUCAGCGCGCCGCAAUGGGAAAAUUGUGCAGGACCAUGUCGAUGUCAUCAUAUUUUACAAUGAGGUAUUCAUUCCUGUGGUAAAGCCUCUACUGGUGGAGUUUGCUCCUGCCGGAACAGCUCAAAAAUCCUACAGGGUUCCAGAAGCUAAAAAUGAUAAUGACGAUCAAUGUCCUGGAUCACCCAAGACGUCUACGUUUCCCUGUCUUCCUGACAUGUCUCCAAAGAAAGUAUCUGCGGCCCAUAAUGUAUAUGUCUCUCCAUUACGGUCAUCAAAGGUAUUUAUCUUGCUUGUGGUAAUACCCCUAUGGCAUUUGUGGUAA